ACUCUGCUCUACAGACUACACACUGUAACACAGUACCGAUGGAAACUCAGUCGGGGCCUGACCAUAAUUCCUCGUUAUUUGCUAUCAUCUUUGCUAUCAUCGGGCUCGUGUGGUAUGUAGUUUUAUGGAGUAUCGGUCUCCUUGGAUGUAGAACAGGCCGAAGAAGGUACCGCAUUCGACCGCGGUCUCCACUUGCAACGGCGCCGCCAGAUUCUGUUCCUGGUGUAUCUAUCCUGCGACCACUGAAAGGCCUGGAUGCCAACUUAUAUGAGAAUCUCGAAUCUACGUUCACGCAAGAAUACCCUAAUUUCGAAAUCAUGUUGUCCGUCGCUGAUGAGCAAGACCAAGCUCUUCCAGUUGCGAGAGAUCUUAUUUCUAAAUACCCCAGGGUUACUGCCAGGAUAAUAAUAGGAGAAGAGGUAGUGGGGGUUAACCCGAAAGUAAACAACCUCAUUCGUUCAUAUCGUGAAGCUACCCACGACAUUCUCUGGGUCAUCGAUUCAGGUAUCUCGGUUGCACCUGGCACACUUGCGCGCUCCGUUGACUUACUCGAGUCAUCCACGCACGCAAGACCUCCCAAAAAGCGCGUUGCGCUCGUGCAUCACGUCCCAUUUGUAUCUGCUCCAGAGGGGUUUCUCGGUUCAAGAAUUGAGGAGGCAUUUCUCAAUACCAAUCACGCGAAGAUGUAUCUCGCAAUCAACACUGUGUCUAUCGAAUCUUGCGUUGUUGGAAAAUCAAACCUCUACCGGCGGUCUGAUCUAGAGCGCGUAAACGGUUCACGGAAGCCUCGAGCGCACACGGAAUCAGACGACGACCAAGAUUGCACUCGCGGCCUUGCUGCGUUUGGGAAAUUCUUAGCCGAAGAUAACAUGAUUGCCAGUGCUUUAUGGCACGAGCUGGAUCUCCGCCAUGAUUUAUCGUGUGACGUGGCGCAUAAUGCAAUUGGGAUAAUGUCCUUAUCGGACUACGUGUGGAGGCGAGUGCGCUGGAUUCGUGUGCGCAAGCACAUGAUUCUGGCGGCAACAAUCAUGGAGCCCUUUACCGAAAAUCUUGUCGCCAGUUCCAUCGCUGCUGCAAGUUUGCGGUAUCUGUUCGGCGUUCCAAUAUGGCUUUUUCUCGUGGUUCACCAUGCAGCUUGGCUCUGGGUAGAUUUAGACGUUUACGAGUCACUCGCUGGUCAUCCUCUUCCAGCAGAUAGACGAUGGUCGUUCAUCACUGCAUGGUGCCUGCGCGAACUUCUAGCGUUGCCAAUCUGGUUCUUGGCUAUGCUUAGUAACGAGGUGAUUUGGAGAGGGAAGAAAUACGAGGUAUUACGAGCGGGAGAAGUCAAGGGGACGUCGGGCGAUGGUAAUCACAGGGGAUUAUUUACCCGGUGGAAGCAGCAGGAUUCUCACUAUCAGUCUUUGCCAAACAAUCAUUCAGAUACUUGACGCAUAUGCUUGUUUUGGGCGUU